AAUGGACUAUGCAUCAUAAAUGUAUAUAUAAUUAUUAUUUUUUCGCUGUCAAAAUAAGAAUGAAUUAGAUAUUGAUAGAUAUGUAUUCAAAUUUUGGAAGAAAAGUGUAAACGUAACAGGCUGCCCUCUUACAUUAUUAAAAUUUUUUAUACUAAAUGUACAUAUAUAGAACGUCAACUCUCUCUGUCUCUCUCUCUCUCUCUCUCUCUCUCUCUCUCUUUUCGCAAGUUGAGAGAAAUAUAGUAUCAGAUAAGCCAGACUUGUUUAAAUAGCGCAUAGAAUUAUAUAUUAACAAUGCGAUAAGAAUGAAACACACGUGGUCCAUUAUCACUCAAUAUUAUAGCAUACAGUGGGCCAAACGUUUCAUUAACACAAUGGCAUAUCCACUAGUUGCAGUAUGUCAAAUGCGAUCAAUAGCUGACAAAGUAAAAAAUUUAGAAAUUGUAACUGAAUUAGUAACUGAAGCCAAACGCAGAUCAGCUGUAAUUGCAUUCUUCCCUGAAGCUUGUGAUUACUUGGCAGAUAAUAAGAAGGAUAUUGUCGCUAUGGCUGAACCUUUGACUGGACAGACAGUGACAUCAUACAAAGAGCUUGCUGUUAAAAAUGAUAUCUGGUUAUCCUUAGGUGGAAUUCAUGAAGCUUCAGAUGAUUCAGGAAAGAUAUACAAUACACAUAUAUUGAUAAAUAAUGUGGGAGAUUUGGUAGCUGCAUACAGAAAAAUACACUUGUUUGACAUGGAUAAUAAGGAUACUGGGGUACGUUUGAUGGAAUCGGAUUAUGUAUUGAAAGGAACCCAAAUUGUGCCUCCUGUGUUUACACCAAUUGGCAAGCUCGCACUCAGCAUUUGUUAUGAUAUGCGGUUUCCCGAGUUAUCGUUAACUUUGCGAAAUAUGGGAGCGCAAAUUCUCACUUAUCCAUCGGCGUUCACUUAUCAAACCGGUGCCGCACAUUGGGAAGUGAUGUUGCGAGCACGAGCUAUAGAGAAUCAGUGUUACGUCAUAGCCGCGGCACAAACUGGCGCGCACAAUAAAAAAAGAGUCAGCUGGGGUCAUGCCAUGAUUGUAGAUCCUUGGGGCGCUGUUAUAGCACAGUGUGCAGAAAAAACGAGUAUUGCUGUAGCAGAAAUUGAUCUUACACUAUUGGAGAAAAUCAGACAAAAUAUGCCGUGUGAAAACCACCGCCGUACUGAUUUAUACUCCAAUAUGGAAAAUUAAAAGCUUAUUUAACAUGAGCAGAAGAAUUUACUUAAGUAUAUAAACAAUUAGUACAAUGGGUCUAAUUAUAUAAUGAAUAUAUUAAUUGUAAUAUAUAGAUUUAUAAAUAUUCAGCAAUCAACACAAAUCUAAAGUAAAAUAGCAUCAUUAUUAAUUUUAUAUUUGAGAUUGUUUUAUCAUAAAUACAUUGUUAUUGUACUUUA